AUGGCGUUCAAUAUCAUCUUUUUCAUCUUGUUUCUUAGCGAGUUCAUUAUCAUCGUUCGGCGUCUGCGCUUUGUUCCACCCGGCCGCUAUACACGCGCUCCAUAUAUUCUCCUCGCCGUCGUAGUAGGUCCAUUGGCCAUAGCCUACCUUCUUUGGUCAAUCACGACUAGGAUGAGCACAGAGAGGGGUCCAUACACGACUCUGCACAACUUGGCCUCAGUCGUAAACUUCCUGCUACCAAUUGACUGGGCAUUUCGACCCGGGAGCAAGACAACCAAGCCGUGGAUUUCACAGUUUUGGAAGCGUAUCGUCGAUUGGUCCCUGGUGGUCAUUGUCUUCUUGGUCGGCAUCUCUCAGAUGGCAGUUCUUGCAAACAAAUGGGUGCUACUUGACAGACACCAGCUAACUCCUACUGAAUAUCGCACCUAUCUCAACGUUGACCGCGGACUUAAAUUCACUUCCGUCGCAUUUGGCGUGCUCUUAGAGAUGAAUGUCAUCGUCUCUUUCAUAGGGCUCAAGGUCUCACAGAAGAGGAUGAAUUUCGUGGAUCCUAUAGCCACAAGACUUCUCGUCGCAGUCUUACCUUUUGUACUACUCGACCUUUUGGAGUAUUUGGUGUUUCCGAUCUACGCAGAGACACACAAAGUCAAUGAUUAUGACCCCAACUCCCUCACUCUGGCUGAUACUAUUAUCAGUGGUGUAGUCCGAGUUGGAAUCAUCUGGGGACUUCUUUCCACCAUGACGAUUCCGAACGUCGUUUGGGGUCCAGGAGUAGCUGCCGCUGGUUUAGGGUAUAUGCCUCAGCGGCCGCAACCACCCCAACAGGCAUUCUACCAGCCAAUGUGGCAGCACUCGCCUUCCAUACCCCCACCCGGUCAAAGGCCUCAUUCGGUACAAUACCAAUCUCCACAGAAUCCACCCCCAACCACUCAUCAGCUGUCCACUAUCCCCCAUAACCCCUGA